AUGGCCUCGAUUGCCGCAGUACUGGAUAACAACUCUGCAAUCACCCGGCGUUAUGGGCCAGGUUUGGUCGCUGUCUUUGUCGGUGGCACCAGUGGAAUAGGCGAAUCCACCGCUCGAGCAUUUAUCCGGAACACCGAUGCCUCUCAUGCUUACCUUGUUGGACGAGAUCAGGCAAGGGCAGCAGAGAUUAUCAGAGAAUUACAGCAGAUGAAACCGGACGCACAAAUUACCUUCAUCAAAUCGGACGUGUCCUUGUUGCGCGAGGUGGACGAUGCAUGCAGUCUCAUUCAGCGGAACGAAGACAAAGUGAAUAUUCUGUUUCUGAGUCCCGGCAUAGGUACUAUGAAGGGCCGUGAUGAAACAGACGAAGGCCUUGACAGGAAGCUCAACCUUCACUAUUAUUCCCGCAUGCGAUUUGUGCAGAACCUCCUGCCACAGCUGGUAAAGGGCGCUGAUAUAACCCGAGCCACAGAGUCUCAGCCCUCUUUAUCGCGCGUGGUCUCCGUUCUCGAAGCUGGAAGUGAAGCUGCGAUGAACUUGGAUGAUCUGUCGCUCAAGACCCACUACUCGCUCCGCAACUGCGCAAAACAUGCCAUCACCAUGAACUCUGUCUCAAUGGAGCACCUGGCCUCUCACUAUCCGCAAGUAUCAUUCAUCCACAGUUUCCCAGGCAUUGUUCGAACACGCCUUAAUCGAGAUUUGGGCACCGUCGCUAAGUGCGCCGUCAAUGCCUUAGUAGCCAUUGCCAAACCGUGGGAGAUUCCCUUCAAUGAAAGCGGAGAGAGACACCUAUACGCCGCCGCGAGUCCGACGUUUCCACCGCUUGCAUACAAGGACAGCUCCAUCGAUCCUGCGGAAGGAUCAGAUGGUCGCAAUGGCAGUGGAUUCUACAGGCUGAGCUCAGAUGGCUCUACCUAUAAACCUAGUAAAAUCAUGGAGCGCUACCGUGCGGAAGGGGUGAGAAGCCUGAUCUGGAACCAUACCGUUAGCGUUUUUGCUCAUGUCCAUAAUAAAGUGUCUGUCUGA